GUGCGGCGCUUCCGAGGGCUAGUGUUGCAAUAACUUGCAACAAUUUAAGGCGACAAGAUUAGAGGCUCAGCUACACGGGACGAGCAGGCGCGCAGUUUCAGAGGCGUGAGAGCUAUGGAGAUGCAGUGAAGAUGAGGCUUCAGCUCUGCGACGGCCUCCACGCUGCAAGAUUGACAGAUAGCUCUAGCUCUCCCCUGGUGGGCAAGCAACCGCGCCGCUCGUGGCCAGCAGCAGCAGCAGCAUGUGCGAUGACGAAAUUGGCAAUCCUUCAAUGGUGGGUCUUGUUCAAUUGCAGCUCCACUCUCCACCCAACGUGCAUCGUCAUGUUUGUUUGCUGUCAAUUCGCCCACGACGUCCCUCUGACAGAUGGGCAGCCAGCCCCGCCAGCUCCUAGGAGACGCUCGUGCGUCUCACGGCUAUGUGCGUCAUCGCCCAAUCGAUGUCACGCCUUACCGCCGAAGCAUUCCUCACGAAGAAGACCCAGCGUGUUGGGCACACAUUGAAACACUGUGGCUUCGAUCGAAUGCCAAAUUGAUCUGUCAAACAUCUCGGUCCGCUCAACAGCGGAACUUUUCGUGUUUCUCCUGCGGCGGACGUCCCAACAUUCGGGUCUGUC